AGGCUCCAUCCCUCCCCCCUACCGGAGGACAAAGACUAAAAUGGGUCAGACUGUGGAGCGAAGCAGAUCUUCCGCACCAGCCGUCGUGUAAAGUGGUCCCUCGUCCCGGAGCCUCGGGAACCAGAAGCGGCUGAAGGGGGUUUUUCUGGGGCUUUUUUUUUUCCUGUUUGUUUUGUUUUACUGUAUAAAAAGAAAAGCUCCGACAUGUCGCCGACAGACACGAUUUUAUUCCCUAAAUGUGACCGUGGGUGACGACGGACCGACCGUCGUUAUUCAGCAUUUAACGCAGAAACGCGCCGUUUCGUCCGGGAGAAUUUCUGAAUCGUGCCACCGGUUCAUCUUUUAAUCACCAUUUCUUUUUAAUUUUGUUUUUAUUAACAUGUCCUCUCGGGACGGGUGAAGCUGCCUCGUUCUCUUACUGGGACCGAACUGGUGUUGACAGAGAUCGCCGCUGGUGGGCUUCCCGGUUCCAGUCCAACACCGACUCGUCAGACCGUCGACCUGCCGGCGGAGGGACGAUGGAUGCGGCGCCGAGUUAGUUCAUCUGCGCCCUCGGUGAAAAGAAAAAAGAGCACUGGUGUGGAUCUCGGCUCUCCUCCCGCCGACACUGAGGCGCGUCCCAUCAGAGAGAGUGUCCAUCCGCCGCAGCCAUGUCUCCUCCGGAGCCCGGUCGACCCUCCUGGACGCUCCGGCUGCUCGUCUCCGCCGCCGCCGUCGUGGCGAUGCUGGCCUCGCCUCCCGCGGCGGCUGUGGAACCGGAGACCUGUUUCUCCAGACAGCACCAGAACGCCAGGGUCAACGUCAGACUGGCCUUGAACAGGCCGGCGACGGCCAUGGACGCCCGGGCGGUCCGGUCCGAGGGGGACUGUGUCCUCGCCUGCUGCUCGGAGGAGGUCAAACCAGGGGCAAAGUGCAACAUGGCCGUGUUCAACGCCAACAAACACGCCAGCGAUGAUAACUGCUUCCUGUUCCACUGUCAGACUGAGCAGGACUGUCCUCUAAUGAAGGCUCAGGACGGCAUCAACACCUACGACAUCUACAAAGGGUUGAGUCAUCCAACCACGGUGAGACCCGUCACCACUACAACCACCACCACCACCACAAUCACAAAAGAAACCACCACCAGCUCCACCACCACCACACCGGCACCGACUACACCCACAACCCCCACGACAACCACGACCACCACACAAAGUACAACAACUACACCGCCGACCACCACGACAUCGACCACGCAGCCUACCACCACCUCCACCACCACAUCGACCAGGCAGCCUACCACCACCACCACACCAACGGCCACGCAGCCUACCACCACCACAACAGCCGCGCAGCCUACCACCACCUCCACCACAACAGCCACAACCUCACCACCAACCACCACAACAACCACAACCUCACCACCAACCACCACAACAACCACAACAACCACACAGGCCCCGGCCACCACGACAGCACCUCCACCCAUCAUCAUCAUCGCCACGAUCACCACCACCGCCACCACUCCCCGGCUCUGA